UCCCAUCGCUAGGGACCAGCCAACCCUGGAAAAUUGCCGCCUUCUUCGCGCCCCUUCGACAACAUCACCCUCUCAGCCCCGGCUGCCGGCGUUGGAAAACGUGCCUACGACGCCCGCCUCUUUUUCGACCUCUAUUUUUCCACCUCGCCUUUUUCUUCGACUUCUUCGACUACACCCACACAGCCUCUGCUUUUUCCUGCCCGGGAAAGGAAAGACUUCUGCUCCCUUUCAGCAGCCCACCCACCCCCACUUAACCUUACAAAAUUCUUGUGCCAGGAAGUCGAUAUAUUCGCCCACCCGUCGUCGAUCGCCCACCAGCCGAGACAAGCAGCGCCCUUUCGACCUCCCCCUACUUAAACUGUCCCAUCGCCCUCGUUGCCUUCGUCGGGCGGACGACACGGCGUUGACCUUCUCACCACCAUGGCGGGUAUCUUUCGAACGAUCUAUGACUGGCUCCUGAGGAUGUUCUGGGCGACGGAGAUGGAUGUCACCAUGAUUGGCCUCCAAAAUGCAGGCAAGUCCUCGUUGCUGCGUGUGUUGGCGGGGGGCGAGUUCACUGUAGACUCCAUUCCCACGAUCGGCUUUAACACGAAACGGGUCCAAAAGGGCCAUGUGACUCUGAAAUGCUGGGAUCUCGGUGGACAGCCGCGGUUUCGACCGAUGUGGGAGCGAUAUUGUCGGGGCGUGAAUGCGAUCGUGUACAUCGUGGAUGCAGCAGAUCGUGCCGCCUUACCAGUGGCCAAAGAAGAGUUGCACGAGCUCAUGAAUAAAGAAACGCUCAACGGAAUCCCGUUGCUGGUUCUCGGGAAUAAGUCCGACCUUCAAGACAAGCUGUCGGUUGAUGAUCUGAUCCACGCGAUGGAUCUGAAAACCAUCACCCAUCGCGAAGUGAGCUGCUAUGGCAUUAGCGCCAAAGAGGAAACAAACCUCGAUGCGGUUCUGCAUUGGUUAAUUGCUCGCGCCAGUCGAUGAAAAGACUGGCGGGGGGAAUUGCCCCCGAAGCGUGGUGGGAUGGACCCUUGUCGCAUCCCGGAGAUGGAGGACCUGUAGACUGCAAACCAUGCGGCUCGCCGCCCCGACGUAAUGAUGUGAACGACGUGAACCAGGCACAUUGAGCUUCAGCGUAACAUUUUGUCCGAUCUUCAG